AUGGCCAUAAGCGAAGCAGAGCCUGCCGCCGUCCAGGCCAUGACCAAGUCGUCCCUGGCCCCUCUCCGCGCCAUCCAGCAUAGAGAUUCUUUUGGGAACCCAAUUGCCGAACCCGACCUAUCCAAUCCCACCCGUAGCCGCUGGGAACGACCUUUGGAUACCAUCCGUAGCUUCGAGGCCGCGAUCGAUGGUGGCUAUUCGCGCAAGUCUUAUAUCCGUCCAGACACUGACGCGGCUGCGAACUGGAACCGGAGGAGCAGCUACUAUGCCGGUGCACAUGGGUCUCGGUCCGCCCACGAUGGCUACUACGCUGGUCGCCCCGCAUCAAUGCGACCCGAAAGUACCCACCUCGAUUACAAUUACUCGAACUCGAACCGAUCGGGUCAAUUGGAGUCCAUGAACCAAAACGGCGGAGGAAGCUACGGACCAGGACCAAGCCGACAGAGGACUCCCCGAAUGCUCUCAGAACCGGCCAGGGGCCAUGGUGAUGGCAGUCAUCACCAGAACGUCUAUCCCCUCCCGCAUAAGGACCGAUCCUACGAAACAGUAACUACGGCAGCCGGGAGCGGCAGCUCUGAGCAGGCCGGUUAUCAGACGGAUCCUACUAGCAGCGAGAACAGUUCCAUCGAUCGGCCGUCCCCUACCAAACGAAGGGAACGGAUCAAUGACUACGGUAUCGGUUUCAGUCAACCUGCGACCACUUACCAACCACCCGCCUUCUCGGUAAGCAGCGGGCCAAGGGCUCCUGGCUCCAACGGCGCCGUACCCCAACUGGCUCCUCUGGGCCCGAACCAGAACCAGAGCCAGAGCCAGAACCACGGUGACACAACGAGCCCGCCAGCGAUUCCUCGGAAAGAUGUCGGCGGUGGCAGCAGCGGCGGUAGUAUCUUGCUGCGGAAACCGAGCGCCCUCCAGCGGUCCGAUACGACGGAGAAGAGGAAGAGCUGGUUCUCACGCCGCUUCAGCAAGAAUUCAUGA